ACGGCCCUCUCAUUCGUCUAGGAUCAGCACUAGCGAUCGAUACCACCAUGAAACUUGCCUCGUCGGGGCUUGCAAGGAUUCCGCUUCGUGCAGGACAAAAGCUGCGCGAAACCCGUGCAUCGUCUUCCCUUAGCUCGUUGUCGGAACGGCCGGUCUUUCCAUGCGUGGACGCCCAUGCCGCUCGGGAGUCUCGUCUGCGCGCCUCAGGCAGCCAGAAGCCUCCGGCUCCCACUACCAGUACGACAUGGCACGAUCAUUGUCAAACGAUUCCAAGAGCUUCUUCGAGCAAACAACAGCCUUCGUUUGCGUGCGUACACGCGCACACACAUCGUGAACCUCGCAUAGCUUCAUCCCCCAAGCUCACCGUACCAUCGCGGAGAGGCUCCGACCCGGAGUCUGGUCCGGAACCUCCUUACGCGCGCCCCAAUCCGACGUCCUAUCACAUCUACCAUCACGACGAACCUUUGCAGCUCACGUACUCUUCAUCACUCCCAUCCUUUGACCUUGCGUACGAGACCUGGGGCAUCCUCUCACCCAACAAGGAUAACGUCAUACUUCUCCACACUGGCUUGAGCGCCUCCUCGCAUGCAGCAUCAACCUCUGUUAACUCCAGCCCGGGGUGGUGGGAGAAAUUCAUCGGACCUGGCCUUGCGUUGGACACAGACCGCUUCUUUGUCAUCUGUUGCAACGUUCUUGGAGGGUGCUACGGAUCAACAGGGCCAUCAUCAAUAGACCCUACGUCGAGAUCGGGCGAGCCGUACGCAACGCGGUUCCCGAUUUUGUCUAUCUUCGACAUGGUCCGAGCACAGUUCUGUCUGCUAGACUUUUUAGGAGUUGAUAAGCUAUACGCAAGCGUUGGAAGUAGUAUGGGUGGCAUGCAGAGUCUGGCCGCGGGUUGGCUGUAUCCUGAGCGCGUAGGGAAGAUCGUCAGCAUCAGCGGCACGGCCCGCAGUAGUCCAGGGAGCAUUGCAAUGCGUUAUGCGCAGCGAAGCGUGCUCAUGGCGGAUCCGAAUUGGAAUAACGGCUUUUACUAUGACAAACUUCCUCCCCACACGGGUAUGAAACUAGCGCGUCAAAUCGCUACGAUCACCUACCGUUCAGGUCCAGAGUGGGACUUGCGGUUCGGUCGAAAGCUAAGACCGCUACCAGUGAAAGCGAACGAACCAUCUGAGGUUUCCCGGAUACGCAAGCCGGCCCUUUGUCCCGAUUUCCUCAUAGAGACAUACUUGGACCACCAGGGCGAAGAAUUCUGCCUCAAGUAUGAUGCAAAUUCGCUGAUCUAUAUCUCCAAAGCAAUGGACCUCUUCGACCUUACGGCAUCUUCUCUGCAAUCGCUUAACAUGCAUCUUAAACCGGCUCCGACGUCUGACGCAGCUUCCUCAUCUCUUGCCUUCCCCAGUAAACCACCUCAUCGUACCUCUCAUUCCAAGUCGCAUCCUCCGCCUCCGAAUCCUCCGCCUUACCUGUCCGACCUUGCACAAGGCCUCGCGCCACUCGCGCAUACCCCCACCCUGAUUCUAGGCGUGCAGAGCGACAUCUUGUUCCCGGUCGAGCAACAGCGGGAGAUGGCGGAUGCCCUGAGGCUGGCGGGCAACCAGCGGGUGAGCUAUUAUGAGCUCGGCGGGGUAUGGGGGCACGACACGUUCUUGCUCGACGUGCAGAACGUUGGAGGGGCAGUGAGGGGCUUUUUGUAG